AACAGUCGUCUAUUUAAUUUUGAAUGGUUUGCCGUUAAUCUGUCAUGUUGAAUAACCUAAACGACAAUCUUCAUAGUUCAUUAUUAUGCUGUUUGUUACUGUUUAAGACUCCGAGUUCAAAGAUAAUGAGCUAAUUAGCAUGUAGCUGCUAACCAAUAACGUUACAUUGCAGCAGCAGGACUCGAUUCAGAAUGGACAGAAUCUGCAUUACUUAACGAUGCGUUUCCAGGCAACAGGAGGCGGUGACGUGAAGAUGCUGCGCAGGAAGCCCACGCGCCUGGAGCUCAAGCUGGACGACACAGAGGAGUUUGAAAGUGUCAAGAAAGAGCUGGAGAGUCGAAAGAAACAGAGGGAAGAGGUGGAUGUAGUUGGUGUGGCCACAUCCACCGAGAUGAGCGGAGCAUCCGCUGGCGGGACGGACGGGAAGACCAGGGAGCAGAUGAUCCACGAGCGGAUCGGUUACAAACCCCACCCAAAGCCCAACACUUUGCCAUCACUUUUUGGGAACCUUCAGUUUUGACAAUUUGAAGACAUGAAAAGUGGACUACAAGGUGUUGGGAAUCUGCAUCACACACAUACAUAUUCUGAUUUAAUAUCAGCUGCCCUGAAAUAGACAAAGCCUUUUGUGACAACAGAUUACAAAGGACUAUUUUUCUACAGCGUAAAUUAAAUCUUGUUAGUUGGAUGUGGAAAAUUGUGUCUUUUGGCUUUACUGUAAAGAAGAAGGAGAAACAUUUUAUAGGUGAACAUCAAAAACAGGUUGGUUUAUAAAUGAGGUGGUCACAACAAUUCUUCAGAUCAUACAAUAUUUAUUUGUUUUCACUGAUUACAGUACUGUUUAUAUUUCAAACUCUACAGACAUGACUGAACUGUAAACCGACUAAGAAAUCUUAACAUUGCCUCGGCACUGGAAAUGAGGUUCAGCGCUUCUACACAAAGGCUUGUAGUUUUUCCCACUUAAGAUCGUGAAGAUUUACUUUGCUUUUAAAACCAAUCUGCAAAAUUGAUCAAAA